GGCACGACACCGGGUCCCAUCCUGCUUUGCGGCACCGUGACGUCAGGUCAGCUGACAGCUACUGUAGGAAGGAGAAAGAUGUCGCUGACGAACUGUCGAAGGAUGGAGGCUAUUUUUCCCAUCGCGCUUGUCCUCUGCUCCCUUGUCACAACCGGUGUCCAUGGAGACAGUCUGACUGUGCUGCAGGCUCCAGAGUUUGUAUCUUUCCAGAAAGGCGACUGGCCAGUGUCUGGAGAGAAGAUCCCCGACCUGGUGGCUUUAACCAUGGGCUUCUCUGUUCAAGAGGAUUUGUCAUGGCCCGGCCUCCAGGCUGGUCCUUUGUUCCAGCGACCUCGAGCCAACAUACUGGUGGUGGUGAGAGGAGUCGAUAGCCUGGCCCUGCCUCAGAGCGUGUCCUCCUACCCCCUGGAAAAUCCGGUACCCUUCACCCUGGAUAGUGUUGCAGAGACUGUGCACUCUUUGUUUGCUGAGGACACCCCUGUAGUGCUGCAGCUGGCUCCCAGUGAGGAGCGCCUUUACAUGCUGGGCAAAGCCAACGCUGUAUUUGAGGACCUACCAGUCACAUUGCAGCAGAUCCGUGCCCGUCUCUCCCAGGAUGGCUCCGUUCUGGCUUCUCUGCCCCUCAACUCCCUCAGCAGAAAUGCAGAGGCCGAUUUGCUUUUUCUGUCUGAGGUCCAAGUGCUGCAUGAUAUCACAGCUCUGCUGCAGAGGCACAGACAUCUGGCGAAGGACCACUCCCCUGAUUUGUACUCGUUGGAGCUGUCUGGCCUGGAGGAGCUGAGCCGGGUUUAUGGCCAAGACUCCCCUCAGUAUCGUGACGCCACAGCUAUUCUCGCUUCUGUGCUUCAGAAGUUCGGGGAGGAUGUGUAUGGUCUCUAUGGCAACAGCGCCGUGGUGGAGGUUGUUACAGUGAAGACCUUCGAAGCUCCUUUGACAAGGAAGUCCCGUUCGAUCCUGCAAACCCGACCAAUUAGUAACCCAGGCAGCCCUUACAACCUGGCCUAUAAGUACAACUUUGAGUACGCAGUGAUCUUCAACAUCGUGCUCUGGCUGAUGAUCGUUCUGGCCCUCGCCGUCAUCGUCAUCUCUUACAACCUGUGGAACAUGGACCCAGGAUACGACAGCAUCAUCUACAGGAUGACCAAUCAGAAGAUUAGGAUGGACUAACCAUCAGCGCACGUGCUGUCCCCUAACAGUCCUCUGUUUGUGUUUUUGUGUGAGAUAUUGUUAUGUGGAAAAAGAAAAUGAUGGAAGGAAUAGCGUCACACUGAAUCACCCUUUUCGUUUACAGCUGGCAUGAUAACGGACAAAAUGUAUUGACAUACAGUAGUGGCUCUAAUGUUUGUCUACGUCAAUAUCAUCCUCCACUGGUGUACAAACUGAACAAAUUCAGACUUCCUCCCCUCAGCUCCACAGCUCUCAUCAUUCCUUACUCUUCAUUAACUCGUUCGUUUCCCCUGGUGAUUGCAAGUGCGUUUUCUAUUGUAUUAAAAAAAAAAAAAAGACUAUUGUAAUGUUAUGAAAGAAUGAGAUUUGUUUGGUUUUCGUGUGAAGUUAUUGUGUUUGUCUCUGGCCGUGUGAAACUGUUUUAAGUUAAAUGAAAUCUAUGUGUAUAUAUUGAAUAUGAAACAGAUGUAACUGUGAGAAAUUGCUGUGCUCUUAUUGUGAAAAGAUGUGUAUGGGUAAGGUUUCACCGUGCUUCUGUUCCAAAUGACAGCUGUGUAUUAGAUUACAUAAAUACUUGAUCAUAAUGUUGGUUAUUAGGAAUCGGACGAGGAUAAAUGAAGCUCUGUAAAUUGCAUUAAAUGCCUGACAAUAAAUUAUUACAUAUUAGGAUUACCCUAA